AUGGUUUACUUCGGCAUCUUUCUGAAGAAUGGACACCAACAUAGCGUGGACACUAAAAACGAGAUGGACACACCGUGUAUGAAGACCUCGUCCAACCUGGAGGAAAGAAUCAGCGAUCUAAUCAAAGUACUCAGAAGUUUUGAGAAAAAGCAGGAUAUCAUGCAGAAAAUAUUGGAAGAGGACAGAGAAAAACAAAGAAAAUCAGCAGAAGUCCAACAGCCAGCAGAGAAGAAGAAAGAUGAUGCAAAUAUCCAACCCCAAAAUGAAGCAGAUCAAAUGAAAAAGUCUGAAAAACUGUUCCCUAACUCGGUCUUGUUCAAGGAGUGGGGGGAGGAUCUCUCUGAAGAUGACCAAAGAGAGGCUCAGAGCCUGUAUGAGAAGUAUGGGUACAAUGUUUAUCUGAGCGAUCGCCUCCCUCUGGAUCGACCUCUUCCAGAUACCAGAGAUCCUCGGUGUUUGAAAAAGAGUUACCCCAAGGACCUGCCGAGUCUCAGUGUGGUGCUCAUCUACCUGGAUGAAGCCCUGUCUGUUCUCCAAAGAGCCCUGCGCAGCAUCAUCAACCGCACUCCUAAAAACCUGCUGAAGGAGAUAAUAAUGGUGGACGACCAUAGUUCUAAUGACAAUCUGAAGGGUGACCUUGACGUUUAUGUGAAGUUGCUUGAGCAGGAGAACCCUAAUCUCCGUAUUGUGAGAGUGAGGCACAGUGAGCAGAGAGGUCUCGCUCAUGCCAGAGCAUCCGGGUGGAGGGCUGCUACUGCUGACGUGGUGGCCAUCCUGGACGCACACAUUGAAGUCCAUGAGAUGUGGGCUGAACCUCUGCUGACACAGAUUAAAGCUGACCGAACUGUGGUGGUUUCCCCGGUGUUUGAUAGAGUCAACUUUGAUGAUCUCAAGGUUAUUACAUAUCAUCCCAAUGCACACGCCUUCGACUGGGCUCUGUGGUGCAUGUAUGAGAGUUUUACACCCGAGUAUUACAAACUUAAUGACGGUUCACUGCCUGGCAAGAGUCCAUCUGUCAUGGGGAUCAUGGUUGCUGAUAGAAAGUUUCUGGGGGAAAUUGGAGUCCUUGAUGAAGGAAUGAAAGUGUAUGGUGGAGAAAAUGUUGAGCUGGGAAUUCGUGUAUGGACAUGUGGAGGCAGUGUUGAAGUUGUUCCAUGUUCCAAGAUCGCCCACAUCGAGAGGGCCCACAAGCCCUACAUGCCUGACCUGGGUCCUGCCAUGAAGAGAAAUGCCCUCAGAGUUGCAGAGAUCUGGAUGGAUGAAUACAAGCACAACGUUAACUUGGCUUGGAACAUCCCAUUUGAGAAUCAUGGAAUUGACAUAGGCGACAUUUCAGAGAGGAAGAAACUCAGAGAAAGGCUGAACUGUAAACCUUUCAAAUGGUACCUGGAUAAUGUGUAUCCUAAGCUGGAUCCCUGGGACGACCUCCUCGCAUAUGGAGGAAUGAAGAGCCUUGACGCUGACAUGUGCAUAGACCAAGGUGCAGUACCAGGUCACACACCGAUAGCCUACAAUUGCUACUACUAUGGACCUCAAUUCACAUAUUAUCGUGGAACGGGUGAGCUCUACAUUGGUGGCAUCAAGUCACAUAAGUACAAUGACAACCGAUGUUUAGCUGACAUAGGCACAGAGGAAACUGAGCCUGGCCUGUACAACUGUAAAGAGGCUAUGCAGAAAGGAAUGGGGAUAUACUGGGACUUCACUCAGGGUGACCGGGGCCCCGCCCAGGAGACAGGCCUGAGGAGGGUGCCCGACGGCAAGCAUCUGGUGGCCGGGUCUUUGUUCCCCGUUGGGCACAGACUGGACAUGGGCCCAUCCUCCUUUAGGUGUUUGAAAAAGAGUUACCCCAAGGACCUGCCGAGUCUCAGUGUGGUGCUCAUCUACCUAGAUGAAGCCCUGUCUGUUCUCAAAAGAGCCCUGCGCAGCAUCAUCAACUGCACUCCUAAAAACCUGCUGUAG